UUUGUAUGCUCCAUUCAUUCCUGUUUGUUCGCUGUAUGUGUUCUUAGCUGCUGUGGGGCUACAAUAAGUGGUCCUCAACCCAUUUGAAAGGCAACAAGCAAAAUCACUGAUCAUACCGUUACCACAGCAAUCCUGGUCUGAGCUUUUUGAAACACAGCUUGACGUAACUGCUGUGCUAAAAUGUUGCAGCAGCUCUGGGGUUUCCUUUCAUUAAUUUAUCCACUGGUGUCUUCUGCGAACUCGUCUUUGCCAAACAUCGUGCUGAUUUUCGGUGAUGACCUGGGCUUCGGAGAUCUGGGAUGUUAUGGACAUCCCAGCUCCCUCACUCCAAAUUUGGAUCGUCUUGCAGCUGAUGGGUUGCGAUUCACAGAUUUCUAUUCAGCAAAUUCACUUUGCAGCCCUUCCAGGGCAGCCCUGUUGACUGGACGUUACCCAGUUCGUUCAGGAAUUUACCCUGGGGUUUUUUACCCUGGCUCCCGUGGUGGACUUCCUCACAAUGAGACCACUAUUGCAGAGAUCCUCAAAGAACAAGGCUAUGCCACAGCCAUGGUAGGUAAGUGGCAUCUUGGAUAUGGAGCCAAUGGAGAAUUUCUGCCUAUAUACCAUGGUUUCGAUAAUUUUAUGGGCGUACCAUACUCUCAUGAUCAGGGACCGUGCCAGAAUCUUAUCUGCUUUCCUCCUGACACAAAGUGCUAUGGUGGUUGUGACCAGCGGCAUGUACUUCUCCCGUUGUUCGUGAAUGAUGGUAUCAUCCAACAGCCUGUCUCCUUCCCUGAUCUGACUGCCUUUUAUAAUAAUUUUGCUCAUGACUUUAUCACCAAGGCAGUGAAAGAUAAUCAGCCAUUUUUCUUGUAUCAUGCUUCACAUCAUACCCACUACCCACAAUUUGCUGGAAAAUCAUACACUGGAAAGUCACUGCGGGGUCCCUUUGGGAAUGCACUUGCUGAGUUCGAUGGCUCUGUAGGGAAGAUUGUUCAGGCUCUCAAGGAAAAUGGUGUUGAAAAAAGUACCUUUGUCUUCUUCACAGCUGACAAUGGACCAGAAACACUUCGUAAAUCUCGUGGUGGAAACUCUGGACUCCUGAAGUGUGGGAAGGGAACAACCUAUGAAGGAGGAAUGAGAGAACCAGCUAUUGCCUACUGGCCUGGAAAGAUCCCUCCAGGGGUGACCCAUGAAUUGGCUAGCACCUUGGACCUGUUACCAACUAUUGCUGCCUUGGCUAAUGCCAAGUUGCCGUCAGUGCCUCUGGAUGGUUUUGACAUGCAGGACAUACUUUUCAAUGGACCAAAGGGUAAGAGUAAAAGGAAUACAAUGUUUUUCUAUCCAUCAUCACCAUCUAAGAUCCUGGGAGUGUUUGCAGUUCGUCAUGGGAAGUACAAGGCUCAUUUCUAUACUCAAGGCUCUAGUCAUAGUGAGUUCACCCCAGAUCCAGCUUGUAAUUUCUCUAUAUUCCCCACCUUUCAUUACCCACCAUUGCUGUACGACCUGCAGACAGACCCCUCAGAGAAUUAUAACCUCCUGAUUGGCAGCACUGCAAAGAAGUAUGCCACCAUACUGCGGCAGAUCGAACUGGAAAAGGCAACAUUUCAGAUGAAUAUGCAGUUUGCUGAAAGUCAGAUCAACAAGGGUGAAGACUUGUCUCUGGAACCCUGCUACAACCCUCAGUGCACUCCUAGGCCUUCCUGCUGUCGCUCCACAUGAUAUUCAAACACAGAUGUCUACAUUUUGCCACUGGAAGUGAAGAUAUUAUAUGCUCACUGUCAUACUGUUGAAACUAAAAACACCUGAACUGGGUAUCAUGGCUUUGAUUCUUUGCUUAAAAGCCCAACUUUGCAGCUAAAAUUUACACUAUUAUAUGGAAUCUUUUGUCCAGAAAAUCUGAUAAUACAGCAUUCAUAAUUAAAAAAAAUAAAUAAUCUGAGUGCUUUCUGUCACUUAAUUAUCUUUUACAGACUGUUUUUCAAAUGUUUUGUGAAAAUGGGGAUGUCAGUGAUAAUAAUACCCAUUUGUUAACACAGAUAGUCCUACUGGAGACACGGUCCCUUUUCAGGGGUGACCUGGGAGCAAUGUAUAUUUAAGUUACUUGCUCAAUGUCACACAAUAGCCAAAUGAGGGCUGAGGGGAAUCAAACCCAGGCACUACAGUGCACAGUCUUAAGAGUCUGCUGCAACUACCAGGCAAAUGUACCCUGAAAAGAGUUUAUUAUUGUAACCAACUGGCUUAAAGUAAUCUUUGAAUGUAUGUUUCAUAAGUCGUCUUCUAACUGAAGUAAUCAAUAAAGUGUUUCAGAACAAUGAUAUAAGCUGUGAGAUAAGCAUAAUAACAGGUGCAUGACACUGGACUGACGGCUGUACAAUGAUUUGGCAGGGGUCCAAAAAGUGGUAAGGGAAUCGGGGUCUGAGCAUACUGUAUUUAAAGUUGCCAGUCUUUGAGUCAAGGAGGAUGAUUUUUUUUGAACUGUUAUGUAUGGCAGCAGCAGUAAUUAAAGUUCCAUUUUUGCUUUACAUAACUUCUAGAAAAAGCAUAAACAAAAUGCGUACAGCUUUUCUUUAAUGUUUGAAAUUGCUAUUAAGACAGUAAUAAAGCAGUGUAAAAUGA